AAUCCGGCAACUAAAGGCUGUGGCGCGAACGCGUUGAUCGCGCCUGGCUCGCUUGUGCACAUCCCAACCAUUCAAUCCUUCUUCCUUGCUUCUCGUUUUCAACCUCACUGUCCCUUCUUGUCUGCGGUUACACACGAUAGAAAUUUCUCCAACGACUGAAGCCUGAAAGCUGAUGGCUGAGCAUGGCGAGGGCAACAUCAAAGUCGUUGUGCGAUGUCGGCCUCUCAAUUCCCGCGAGAUUGCUCGCGGUGCAAAGUCCUUGGUGCGGAUGGUGGGGAACCAAACUAUCUUGGACCCUCCUGAUCCAGGAACCGCCGGAGCCCAGGCUGCCUCAGGACGUGCUACGGAACGAAAGCCUAUGAAUUUUACCUUUGACAAGAGUUAUUGGUCCGCAGGUCCUAGAGAUGAACCCGACUAUUGCUCACAACAAACUCUGUAUGAUGACCUUGGAAAGGAAUUAUUAGAUCACGGAUUUGCAGGAUUCAAUGCGUGCAUUUUGGCUUAUGGACAGACAGGCUCUGGAAAGUCUUACAGUAUGAUGGGAUACGGUGCCGACAAAGGCAUUAUUCCGCUCACUUGUUCGGAAUUAUUUGUACGAGUAAAUGAGAAGAAGGCGGCGGACCCGAAUCUAAAUUUCACUGUGGAGGUCUCGUAUAUUGAGAUCUACAACGAGAAAGUACGCGAUUUGCUGAACCCCAAAAAUACGGGAAACCUUCGUGUUCGUGAACACCCAAGUCUUGGUCCAUACGUUGAAGACCUAUCCAAACUGGUAGUGAGCAAUUACGAUGAGAUGAUGCAACUCAUGGAUGAAGGAAACAAAGCGAGAACGGUCGCUGCAACCAACAUGAAUGAAACGUCAUCUCGUUCGCAUGCUGUAUUCACAUUACUUCUCACUAUGAAGCGGCAUGACGUCGAUACUAAUUUGGACACGGAGAAGGUGUCACGUAUCAGUUUGGUGGACUUGGCUGGUUCAGAACGAGCCAACUCAACUGGCGCUACAGGCCAACGACUGAAGGAAGGUGCUAACAUCAACAAGUCGCUUACUACUCUAGGCAAAGUCAUCGCAUCCCUCGCUGCGGCCAGUCAGGCUGAGGGAAAGAAGGGCAAGAAGGGCAAGGCGGAAGAGUUCGUGCCUUAUCGAGACUCGGUUCUGACUUGGCUCUUGAAGGAUAGUCUGGGAGGCAACUCAAAGACGGCCAUGAUAGCGGCUAUCUCACCCGCCGACGUUCAGUACGAGGAAACGUUGAGUACACUCCGAUAUGCUGAUCAAGCAAAGAAGAUCAAGAACAAGGCUGUCAUCAACGAAGAUCCUAAUGCCAAGUUAGUUCGGGAGCUCAAGGAAGAGCUGGAAAUGCUUCGAGCACGCGUGUCUGGAUCUACAAGCGAAGCUGUCUUCGACCCUAGUAUCCCGGCCUCUGAGCAAAAAGUCACUUAUCAGGCAAAGGAUGGGACUAUCAAGACUGUGACUAAGGCGGCCUUACAGGAACAACUGGAGACUAGCGAGAAGCUCAUGCAAGGUCUGAAUGAGACCUGGGAAGAGAAGAUGCAGAGAACUCAAGAAGUUCAGAAAGAGCGUGAGAAGGCAUUGGAAGAACUAGGUAUUUCCGUGGAGAAGAACAAUGUUGGCGUACACACUCCAAAGAAGAUGCCUCAUCUUGUGAACCUGAACGAAGACCCGCUUAUGAGUGAAUGUCUUAUCUACCAGCUUAAGCCGGGCAUAACUACGGUCGGUAAACUGGACAGUGAGAAACCCGCUGCAAUCCGACUUAGUGGCGAAAGUAUCGUGGAGGAACAUUGUUACUUCGACAAUGUUGACGGCAGAGUUACGUUGCACGCUUUACCGAAUGCGGUCACGUUCUUAAACGGUCGACAAAUUACUUCAGGCCAGGUUUACAAACUACGUUCUGGAUUCCGUAUUAUCCUUGGCGAGCAUCACGUUUUCCGGUUUAACAACCCUGAAGAGGUUAGGAAGCAGCGUGACCGAAUUAUGGCGAAGUCCAGUCUCAGCAUCAGUAAUUCAGCGGCGGACCUCGCGAUGGCAGGCGAGGCAACACGUCCAGCAUCCCCAACGUCGUCCUCUGUCGAUCUGGCUGAUGUUGACUGGAAUUUUGCCAAACGUGAAGCUGCAUUCGCACGUCUAGGACUUGAUCCGGCUCUUGAUAACUUGCCUGACGAGGACUUGAACAAGUUAUUUGAGAAGAUUACCAGAGUUAAGACAUUGCGAGAUCACAAUGCAAAGCGUCCAGAGAGUAGCCUUAGCCAAGCCGACGAUAUAUGGAGCGAGUCUGGUCGACCGAUGUCCAGCGACGUACUAACAGAUGAUACUAGCGUCGACGCUAUGACUCAUGAUAGUCCUGACAUUGCAGGAUCGCUCGAAAGCGCUCAGAACCAACUAGAGAAUCAGAGGGCCGAAUUCGAGCAGCGUCUUUCAUCCAUAGCCGAAUCUGCGGAGGCUGAAGAUCUCAAGGCGGAGAAGGACCAGAUGGAAUUCCAGCUCAAAUUGGUGAAGACUCGAAUGAAACGCUUGCUAGACGCGCGGGCUAAAGGUGAAGAUAUCGAAGAAGAGCUACAGUUUGAACCACAGAUCUAUACCGCCAAACAGCUCAGGCUUAUCCGCAAAGUGCUGGACAAGUGGAGAGCGCAUCAGUCUUUCUCCAUGGCAGAAGUAGUUCUCUCGAAUGCGGUUCUUGUGAAGGAAGCCAAUGUAAUGAGUAAGGAGCUCAACAAGGAUGUGUCAUAUAAUUUCACUAUUGUUGCUGGUGGAUCGUUGAGUGCGCCAUCAUCUGCCGUUGACACCAUGGCGGCUUUGGAUCAACUGGGUGAUGUCGCUGACCCAGUACUGGCAUCAGCAACUCAACCUUCUGUUGCAGUGAAGGUCAUCGACAAGCGGCAUGGAGCCAUUUAUGUUUGGUCACUAGAUCGUCUUCAGCAGCAGCUUCAGCGUAUGCGUAACCUAACAGCAUAUAUCGACCGACCCUCCUAUUCUCAACACUUCUCGUCGUCCGAACCAUUCUACAACAAUCCUCCGCCAGAGUACUCAUUUAUCGGCAAUGCACUAAUUUCCCUUGCACCUCUAGCUCGUCGUCUAUCCUCCACAUCAGUAGUCCCGAUCUUCUGUCGAUAUACUGCGGAGGCUAUUGGCUCAUGUCGCGUCGAACUCAAGAUUUCCAAUGUCGUGCUUUCACAUAAGCAUGCGAAUUCCUCCGCCACGUCCACUCGCGCUUCCUCACCUGCACCUGGGACAGUACCUCCUGGCAGUAAACUGACCUUUGUCAUGACAGUUGAUACAGUCAAGGGUCUUUCCCAUCAUGACUUCUCUGCUGUUCAUCUGCAGGUUCGACUGUCGUCGGUCAUGGGUUCUUCCGUUUCGGCAGAAGAAGUAUACCCCUCUAAUACCAUAGAACUUGAUACCAACUACCUAUCGGAUCUGAAGUUCCGACGUAGUUUUUCUCUCGCCGCAUCAUCCAAGGUGUUGACUCACCUACGACAAGGAUAUGCACCCAUAGAGUUUUUCGCCCGCUUGGAACCGACAUACCUGGAACGAAUGGAGCGAUGGGACGAGAUGCGGGAUCAGAAGGUACCACGGAUAGAGUCGACAUCGACGCCAGAGCCUGUUCCGGUGACCCUACCACUCAUGCGACGAUCCGAAACGGACUUUGUGACGGAGCAAAUUCAUGAUGUUGUUGCAUGGCUACAGAUCUGUGAAUUAGCUCCAAACGGGGAUUACACGCCUGUCCCCGUUAUGUCUCGUGGAGCGCUCGAUCCUGGGAUGUUCACAUUACACCAAGGUCUACAACGUCGCAUAGUUUUGACAAUCUCAUCCAACUCCGGAAAGCAGCUCCCUUGGACAGAGGUUACAAAAAUACGGAUUGGAAAUAUUCGUCUCUUGGACGCCAAGGGCCGAAUACAUGACUCCACCUCCAAAGUGCUCACAACUUUGCCUUUGAUGAAAGAGCAACAGGUGGAAUACAAGCCUGAUGGGACGGGUCUUUUGACCGCUCAAGCUCUUUGGGAUUCCAGUGUUCACGAUUCCAUUCUCCUGAACCGAGUAACAGCCACUCAUCAUCGCGUACUUGUGCAGAUCGAGUGGUUUGUUGAUGUAGAGAUAUGUGCAGACCCAGUACGGUUCAGCAUGGAUGCUGCAGUCUCCGUGCAGUCCCGUGAUGCUCGACCCCCUUCACGAUUAUUCAAUCUCAUCGGCUCCUCGAAGAUUCUUCCUAAAAUGAGCACAGUCUUUAGUGUUCGAUUGUCGCCACCUUUGACUCGGUCACCUCAAGAGCUUUGGCGGCUUGAUACAUCGGAGAAAUAUGUUCGGGGCGAAGAGGCUUUGGGGACAUGGAGACCGAGAGGGAUUUCCGUUGUGGAGGAUUACGACAAGCUUGUGACUAUGGAAAGGCGAUCUGCGGAUGUACAGGCUAUCAGGGUAGUCCUGGCUGCCAUGGGCAACCGGCCUAGCCAGAGUGGAAGUGCCAUCUGGAGUGAAGACAAACUGGUGAAGAAGGCACUGGGCCUUUGGCAAAAGCAGUUUGGUCAUAAGGGACAUAUCGUACUCAGUCAAACACCCGCCGAUAUUGAGAAGUCUAGCGUGUAUUCGGCGAGCAAGGCUUCUAGUGCAACAUCAACCGACUCAUUGAAGUUCACGUCCCAGAGCAAGGUUGUGCCUCGGAGCGACAACUACACGUGGCGGGGACAUCUCACCAUGUUGGUUGAUGCUAAUGAGAACGUUUGGGAGAGGCGAUGGUUUGUUCUACGAAGGCCGUACUUGCAUAUGUACAAGCACUCGAACGAACUGGAGGAAGUGGCGGUAGUCCAUCUGAGUGGCGUCAACGUUGAACGGAAUCCAGAAAUGGAGGCUCUGCUUGGGAAACGUUUCACUUUCACGCUCUUUACAGCGUCCAACUCAUACGCUCUUUCAGCUCCCAACCAGAAAGACCUGCAAGCAUGGAUGUCAACUCUGGAUCCUACCCGAGCAUUGUCCUGAAUUUAUUUGGAAUCUUUUUCUUUCCUCUCUUUCACGACUGUUUAUGACCUCACACGAGCUUUUACAUUGCUUAUUUCAUUUGUAGGUUUAUAAUCUCUUCAUUCCUUGCGAUAGUUUCUUCUAGACCGUGUCGUCAGUUAUUGUAGACUCUUCUGGCGGGUAAUAUUGGAUCAUAUCCCUCAUGUAGAUCACUCAUUUAUACCACAAAUAUACCGGUAGAACACGCACUGGAAGGAUGCGAUGCAGG